UCAUCAUCACAAAACUAUGGAUAAUUGGAGAUUCGCACAGUGCUUUGGUGAUAAAGGUGACGUUGAAGAAGUCACAGAAGCCGAUAUAAUCUCAACCGUAGAAUUUGAUCAAACAGGUGACUAUCUUGCAACAGGUGACAAAGGUGGUAGAGUUGUAUUAUUCGAGAGGAAUCAAACAAAAAAAGGAUGUGAAUAUAAGUUUCAUACUGAAUUCCAAUCACACGAGCCAGAGUUCGACUACCUGAAAUCAUUGGAAAUCGAGGAAAAGAUCAAUAGGAUAAAGUGGUGUAAAAGCUCAAAUAACAGUCACUUCUUAUUAUCAACUAAUGACAAAACAAUCAAAUUAUGGAAGGUUUUCGAUAAGUCUUUGAAAGUAGUUAGUGAGAAUAACCUAAGUGCUUCACAUCCUUCACCACCUACAAGUUUAACAUUACCACAAAUUACUUCAGCUCCACAUCCUUCAAUUACCAAACAACUAAGAUUACCUAGAAUGUCUCAUCAUGAUACUAUAGUUGCGGCCGUUCCCAGAAAAGUUUACGCUAAUGCCCACGCUUAUCAUAUUAACUCUAUAGCUAUCAAUAGUGAUGGCGAAACCUACUUAUCAGCAGAUGAUUUAAGAAUAAAUUUAUGGAAUUUAGGUAUUUCAGAUCAAAGUUUCAAUAUUGUUGAUAUAAAACCAAAUUCAAUGGAAGAUUUAACUGAAGUUAUCACCGCGGCCGAUUUCCAUCCAAUUCAUUGCAACUUAUUCAUGUAUUCAAGUUCAAAAGGUACAAUAAAGCUCGCUGAUAUGAGAGAUCAAGCUUUAUGUGAUAGACAUGCUAAAUUAUACGAGGAAGAGGAAGAUCCUUCAAAUAAAUCUUUCUUUAGUGAGAUCAUCUCCUCAAUAUCAGACGUAAAAUUCUCUAAAGACGGUAGAUAUAUUUUAUCUAGGGAUUAUUUAACUUUAAAGAUUUGGGACUUGAAUAUGGAUAAUAAGCCACUAAAAACAAUAAACAUUCAUGAUCAUCUACGUACAAAACUAUGCGAAUUAUAUGAAAAUGAUUGCAUUUUCGAUAAAUUCGAAUGCACAUUUUCAGGUGAUGGUAAACAAUUAAUGACAGGUUCUUACGAUAAUUAUUUACAAAUAUAUAAUUCAAACCCGGAUUCUUCAGAUGACGUAGUUUUACAAGCAGAUAAGUCAGCAUUCAAAGCGAAGAAGAUCGGUGGAAAAGGUUUAGCUGGUUUAAAUAACAAAGACGAGAUGAAUCUAGACAACAUAGAUUUCAACAAGAAGAUCUUACAUGCUUCAUGGCAUCCUAAUGAAGAUACAAUAGCAAUUGGUGCAACAAACAACCUAUUCUUAUUCUCACGUUUAAAUAAUUAAUGUUGUUUAAUGAAAAGAUACAUAUUUUAAAU